AUGAAUCAUCCAUACCUCCACCAAAACAACUCCCACAGGUACGCUCCUUUCUCUCCUCCUCCUCCUCCUCGUCCUCCUCGUCCUCCUCGUCCUCCUCAUUCCUUUCAUGAAAACCCUACUUUUUAUGGCAAUCAUCACCACCACCACAGCUACCAUGCGCUGCCACCGCAUCAGUUGCCGCUACCACCUAUUCCUCCAUCGCAACCGCAGCCGCAACAACAAUUGCCGUCCUACCGACCUUUCCCUCCUCAGCGCCCAUACGAUCUCCGUCAAUUCAUCUAUAAUCCUCACCCGGACGAUCGUAUGAAUCAUCACCCCAGAUCACAGCCGGCGGCCCCUUCGUCCUCCUCACACCAUCAGUUCCAUGAUCUACCCGACUCUUCUUGGCCUACCCAUCGGGUCAUCCUCAACCACCGAGUCUCCCCAGUCAAACGAGAGGUCCGGCCUGAUUUGUGGGAUUAUCUGACCCGGGUUGGUACAGAGAAUCGGCCGCAUCAACACCAUCAUGUUGAUGAUUUGGAUCACCACCGUCAAUUUGACGGCAGAACCGUGUCCCAGGAUCGGACUAUUGAUAGGUUUAGGCAGGAUUUAGAGGGUGAUUUUAGGUUUAGGGAGGAGCUUAGCAAUAGGGGGUUUGGACAUAAUGUGCGAGAAGAUUAUGCGAGGGAUAUGAUUGAAGAGAACUAUAAUUGUCAUUCUGAUAGAUCUUCCAGGGAUGUGGGCCUUGUAAUGAGGGUUUAUGAAUCCAAUUCUAGUCAUUACGAUAACAGUUAUGGUUCAGCCUCAGAGGAGGGAGUGAUUAGGAGCAAUGCGAGAGAUGGCUCAACUGACAAUCCAAUAUGGGUUGAUGAGAGAGACAUCCGGGAUUCAGCGAUUGAGAUGGAAAAUGCCGAGAUUGAUGAUGGAGAAGUGGCUCGCAUUCUUUCAAGGAAAGUUGGUUCUCAUAUUACACCGGCAGAAAGAUAUAACGACAAGGGUAGCAGAGAGAGUAGUCAUGAGCUCGGUCGUACUCCAUGGAAGCAGAUACAAAAGAAGAGUGCUUUUCUGAGGAUUCAAAUGGCAAAACCUAACCACAGGAAUAGAGAGGACAAUCGGUUGCAUUAUUCGGGUUAUUUUGAGGAUACCAAAUCUAGUUCAUUCAGGGGUAAAGGUUCAAUGGCGGAAGACAAAGAGAGAGAGGGAAGCCCCAUGGAGCUUGAUGUUUCUUUUAAGUCGAAUUCAUUGGUAGCCAAGGCAAUUGUGGCACCUUCAAGUUCAAACAUUUCUGGCAUUCCAAAACUAGAUAUUUCCACCCAUGUUAGCAAUAAGGCCUCUGGUUCGAACAGGGACUCAAAACAAGCUAAAGGGGAAGAUGCGGCUUCCAGUAUUGAUACCAAGAUAAAUAAUUCAACACGGCCUUCUAGUGGGACUGGGGGUUUGCUGGGAAAGACUAAAGUUGAAGAGUAUCCCAAGGAUAGUGAUUUGGACAAGGAUGGCACUGAUGCUGAUCCUAGUGAACCCAAAGUUAUUAAGAAGAAAAAAGUUGUGAAGAAAGUAGUGAAGAGAGUUACUAAGCCUCCAUCACGAUUGUUGUGUUUAGAAUUAACAGGGAAGGUUGAGGAAUCUUUAAAAGAAGAUAGCUCUGGUCAUGGCUUACUCGCGGAGUGCAGUGUUGAGAAUAUUGCCACACCUUUACAGGAGAAGGCACCUGCUUGUAUAUCACGUGUGUGCGCUGUCGAUUCCCUGCCUUAUGCAAAUGAAGCAACUCUGUUGCCCGAGAAUGGUAUGGAAGAUGGUUCUCCAAAGGAGACAGUAUUGAAGAAUGUCGGCACUGAAUUUAAAAAUAGUGCAUGUACUGUGUCAAAUAAUGAUGGGUAUUGUAAUAAACCACAUAAUGAAACAACUAUUACUGACAUCACUAAUGUUGAAAAUGUCCACAAGCCAUUUUGUCAGAAGGGAGGUACCUUGCUUCAGAAUGGUACUCCGAUGGAAUUUUUGGAUGUUUCAUUUUCUGUUGGAGGUAGAAUUAGCUCCGGGUUGUUAGGUUCAAAGGAAAACAGUAUCCAUGAGAACUUUGUAAACACUAGCAACCUUGUCAGUGGGAUGGAUACCACCGUCAGCCUUGACUAUAAGUUAUUCAAUUCUCAAGAGAGUAAUUUUUUUUCUGAAACUGUAAUCAUGGAUUCUGCUUGCAAGCAGGUUUCUGAAAACCAUGUCGAUUUGUCAGUUGAGAGUGGUAUUGAAGAAGGUUCUCCACAGGUUAUUUCUUUACAGGACUGUAGUGUACUUAACACAGCAUCUAAUUCAGUGGAAACCAGAACUAGAAUUGGCUUCUCGCAUGCAAAAUCCUGCAACAAUAGCAGAGAUGCCUUCACAGAUUCAGACAGCAGUUUAAUUGAUGCAAAGGAAGUCAACCAUGUAUUGGGCAGUACUACUUGUGGACAGGCACAUUGUGAUGCAGUCACAACAUCACCAAAGAAUGGUUUGGCAAAAGGACCUCCAGAUGCAAUAAUGUCAAUACAAGGCAAUGAUGAAGAUAAGCCUAACAUUUGUAACAAGGGAGAAGUUUUGACUUAUCAGGUAGAUUUGUCAGGUUCAGUAACAAAUGGCAUGUGUUUGGGGUCCAUAGAUGUAGAUAGCUUUCAUCCUCCGGAUACAACCUUAAAUUUAUGUCAUAAAAAUUUUAGACCUGCUGAAGGUACAGAUAUCGAAAAGGGUCGUGUACAUGUUAGCCUUCAAUCACGUGCUGGUGGAGUCGAUGCUUUGCAUUGUUCCAGCUUAAUGGAUGGAACUUCGGGUAAUGAGGUUUCCAUCUGCAGUCUUUCUAACGUUGGAUCAAGUGUGACCUCUUUAGAGAGAGAAGAAGGGAUGAAAAGCCAAGUGACUUUUGAGGGAUCGUCUAGUCCAACAGCAUCCUUGACUAAUGAGAGGGUUUUAGUUGCAGACUUUUGCAAAUCUAUUAUUGAAUUGGCCUCUAAUUCUAA